UCCCGCCCUUGCCUUCAUCCUCCCAUCCCUCCGACAUCUGGUGGCAUCGUCGGCAGUACGUGCCCACCAAUGAGUUCCCUUCCAACUACAAGUGAGACAGAGUGCCAGUGUGACAACAUGCAGAAAGCCAAAAGAGAAGUCGGAUGUUAGACGGACCGCUUUGUGGAGAAAAGGACUGUGGCCACACAACUGUCUAAAAGAACACUAAGCAACAGAAAGAAUACAUGUUUUCAAGCUACAGUAGCCACGAGGAGUGUUGCUGUGGGCAAUACCACAUCCAAGCUUCUUCCCCUCUGUUCUAUCCGCUUCAGGAUAGAAUGGAUAGACCACCAAAGUGUCCUCUCUUGGAAUUCCCCUCUUUUCAGUAAUCUGAAAUCAGUUCCAUCAUGGCAGAUCCUGAUGACUUCAACUACCUCUCAAGCAUGUCUGAACUGGUUGACACCACUAAUGAACAAGCAUCAACCAAGACACCGCAGGACAUGGUGAAGUACUUGGUGUACAAGGAGUGCUGCUUGAGCUUUUUAAAAUCUUUCCCACCUGCUAAAGAGUCUGCAAGGUAGUCCCAUUGUAAAAGGAACAUUCCUUUCUGUGACCCAGAAGUGCCACCAGAGUUGCUCAAACACCAGAGUGGAAGAGUCAACCGCUUCUGGGCAGCUCUCCAGCAGGGAAUCUGCACCUAUCAUCCGCUGUCCACUACACAGGCUCGUCUUUCGUCCAGACUAACAAGACUUUACUUGGCCGCAUUGCAUUUCAAUGAAAAUUCUGGCCGCACCCAAGCGAGGACUGCAGCAGGAGAACUGCAGUUCCAAAUUAAAUUUCCCAAGGCCAAGAGAGGGGAAGAUGACCAAAUAUACUGCUGAGUAUGUGACUGAGCCUACAGACCUCCUCUUUAAUGAGGUCAUCCAUGACCCUUCUCCCUUUGUGGCUGAGAUGAAUGCAGUGGCUGUUCCUGGAUUCCUGUGCUCACAGUAUGAGCGACCUGAGAAAUCAGACGCAAUUACUAGCCAUGUGUCCAGGUUCAGAUAUCCAGGAGGUCAGCAGUCCGCCGGGGUCAGCUCCGGUCUCCCGCCGUCUCCAAGCUCCUGGUCGUCCGCCCGAGGCCACUCCGGUAUCCAGCCCGGCCCAAGCUCCUGGACGGCCGACGUGACCGGCUCCACCCGUCUCCAGGCUCCAGGUCGACCGCCCGACACACCAGACCCCGAUCAGCUCCCCGGAUCGGCUUGCCCCCUAGGGACAGGCCGCAGUGUCGGGGGAAGGGGGGGUCUUUCGGCCCUCGGGAGCUGGCCGUGGAGGGGGGUCAGUGUCCGGUCUCGUUAGGACGAAGGAUAGCACUCUUGUCUCCUGACUCUACUACGCCUCGGACUUACCCACUUAACGACGAAACUCCUACUAGCAUCCAGCACCAAGUACCUCGAUCCCGGCUCCUGUCUACUCCAGUCCUCCGUGUGUAUCACUCCAGCUCCAGGUCCCAUGUGUCUCUCGUCUCCUGUGUGUGUGUCACUCCGGUUCCCAGCCCCGUGUGAACCUGCUCACCUGUGUUCAGCCACACUACACCAGAGCUCCAUGAUCUCCAGUGAAAGGACAGUAUUCUUCCCUCCAUUAUCUAUUCAUUUUCCUCGUGUUUUCAAUAAACUAUAUCAGUAUCUUC